AUGGACAAUGAGAAGAAAAGGAAGAUACGCGAACACAUGGAAUCACUCCAAGGCAAAGAAAAGAGACAGAAAGCCGAAGAAGGCGAAUAUCGCGAACGUGUUGCUGCAGAAAGAGAGGAAAAGAGACAAGAAGGCAUGUAUUGGGGUGCCAUGAAGGUGUGUGAGAAACUCGAUACCGAGGAAGAGGCAGAAAAAGAGGGAAAGAAAAAGUCAAUACAACAAGAUCCGAGGAAAGUAAACUUGCUAUGGCGAAAUCUGGCACUGCAGAGACAACAGAGAGACAAGGACAAGGUGCUCAGAAAAGGAGCGUUGGAUUCGUUGUCUUCAAGAUGGGAUGACGAUGAAGCAGAUGCAGACGACAAACUCGCCCUAGGCACCGGAAUCGAAGAAUUGGAAGACGAGCAAGACACAGAAUUGGAAGAGUUCAACGCACUUCCAGUGGGAGACAGACUUGAGAAAUUGGUGGCGUAUCUGAAUGACACUUAUCAUUAUUGCUUUUGGUGCAAGUAUAGGUAUGCUGAUGAGAGCAUGGAGGGUUGUCCUGGGUUGACAGAGGAAGAGCAUGAUUGA